AUGAAUUUUAGUGAAACUCAGAUUAACACUCUGAGGAAAAUAUUUGAUGAACAAGCACAACCCGGGCAAUCGUCAAUAAACGAAGAAGGUCUAAGGAAGCUACUUAUCGAUCUUGAUAUUGAUGAAUCAUUUGCUCCACCAAUGUUACGAAUUAUAAGUGGUUCCAACAAUAAUGGUAAAAUAGAAUUCGAUCAAUUUUUGACAUUUUUUCAGAUACUACUUUCCCAGAAUAUUAAACAAUUCUUCGAGCUACUGUUUAACGCUAUUGAUGGAAAUAGCGAUGGAAAGUUAUUAGCUGGCGACAUUGUUGAGUUUGGCAAACUAAUUGGUGAUGAGAUUACAUCCGAAGAAGCAGAUCAGAUCAUUAUGCAAUGCGAUUUAGACAAAAGUGGAUCAAUUGAAUUCAAUGAUUUUUGGAAAUGGUUUAGCGAAGAAAGAUAG